GCCCUCUCCCCGGGGCGUACGAGGGGCUGGACGCCGGGCUGUGUGUGUGGACGCUCGGCGCGGGGCUGGCCCCGGGGCUUGGCCCGGGCUGGCGCGGCUCGCUCGUGGCCCCGCACCGCCUCUCUCUCCCGACGGCUCUGAGAGACACGCGGCUCCUCCAGUGGCAGCUCCCGCCUCGGGACUGACAGCCGGGCCCCGCGUACUGAAAGGCCGGGAUGGGGCCGGGGGCCCGCCGCUGCCAUUGCCGCCAGGGAAGGUCCCCUGGUGCUGGCGUGGGGGGGGGGGGGGUUGGUCCUGCCACCCCCCCCCCCCGCUGCCCUCUCCAACUCCGCCCCCCGCAGCAGGAGCGCUGCGAUCCCCUUGCAACCCCCCCCCCGGGCGGGCUGGGCGGGGGUGGGCGGACAGCGUGGGGGGUGGGGGCGCAGCCAGGCUGGCGAUGCCGCCCUAGCCGCGGCAGGGGGAGGAGGAAGCCGCCAGGUCCCUCCUAGCCGAGUGCAAGGAGGGAUGGUCCGGAAAUCCCGUGAUAAAAAGAGGGAGCGGGGCGAGCGGGAAGCUCUCGGCUCGGUUCGGCUCCAACUUCAGGGGACCGCUCCGGCCCGCGCCUUGCUGCGGCUCCCCAUGGACCCGGCCGGCGGGAGCUGCUAGGGCAGGCGCCGAGCCCCCGCUGCGGACCCGGAGGGGCAGGCUGCGACCCGAGGACUCCUUCCCGUUCAUCUCGCAUGUGAGAUCUGCCCGAGCGAGAAGGAAUCUAAAGCCAUCGCCAUGGAUUUUGUUAUGAAACAAGCUUUAGGAGGGGCUACCAAAGACAUGGGGAAGAUGUUGGGAGGAGAUGAAGAGAAAGAUCCUGAUGCUGCCAAGAAAGAAGAGGAACGACAGGAAGCCCUGAGGCAGGAAGAGGAAGAAAGGAAAGCCAAAUAUGCAAAGAUGGAGGCUGAAAGAGAAGUGAUGCGACAAGGGAUUCGAGACAAAUACGGGAUAAAGAAGAAGGAAGAAAGAGAAGCCGAGGCCCAGGCCGCGCUAGAAGCCAAUGCUGAGGGGAGUCUGACGCGUCCAAAGAAGGCCAUACCCCCCGGCUGUGGGGAUGAGGAAGAGGAGGAAGAGGAGAGCAUUCUAGACACAGUCAUCAAAUAUCUACCUGGCCCUCUUCAAGACAUGUUCAAGAAGUAAUGGCUGCAGCCUGUUAGACUGUCAUGAACAGUAAAGCAAUGGAUUUCUCAUUUCUCAAAUGAGAAUUUACAAUCUUGCCACACAUCACACAACCCCAGUCUCUUCCUCCACUCUAACCCCAGUCCCCAACCUCUCCCCUGGUCCCCUGAGAUUCCAUCCAUUCCUAUUUUGUACAUAGUCACAUCCGGUAGACGCCUCUGAAUGGAUGUAAGGAUUAACGAGCUGCAGUCUACACAACUUAUAUUAUAAGCCAUAGUACUAUGUAUGUUAAAUAAGGCAACUGUACAUUAAACAGAGCAAAGGAAAAGCCUCAUGUUUGUUUCCACCCAAAGCAGGAAGGAGUGUUCACUAACAGUGAGCAGUGGCUUCUUUCAUUUUUUUUAAUUAUUAUUAUAAUUUUUAAUAUGAUCAAGCCACCCUGAUUGUUCAUUGUUGGGUACAUCUCUUGUAGCAAGGGAUGCCUCCAUCUCCCAUGGAAACAGACCUUUUCCAUUUUAUUCCAUAACCCUCAUAAAUAAGAGAUCAUUUGGAAAGUGAACCAUGUGCAACUCCUAUCUCCAACACCAUUCUCAGAGCUGUGGAAGAGCUGAGCCUUCUACAUCAGGUGUUGAUGGUAGAAACCAGCCGCCUCAGAAUCUAAGCAAGAGUCUUGUUACUUUGGGACUAGCCAUACAAUGAAUAGCAUGACCAGAGUGUAGUGUGGACGGUGCUUUUAUUAGAUCUAGACCAGACUGGUUCGGUGGUGUUGUAGUACAGAACUUCCCAACCCAGGGGCAAAGAUCCCCAGUGGCAUAUUCAAUCAUGCCGUUCUCAGCUGUGUUUCCAGGAAUGGCAUUCCAGCUCCAGCAAAUGCUGUGGCUAUGCUCUGUUCCCCCAGGUAGCAUCAGAGAGGGGUGGGCUUCUGGUCAGAGAGCAGGACCGGGAGGCAGGAACUGCUCCUGAGUUCUAGUCUCCAUUCUGACUCUGAGGCCCUCUGUGACCUUGAACAAGUCACUUAACCUCUCUGUCCCAGUCCCCCCAUCUAUACAGUGGAGAUAAUAAUACUUACCUACCUCAAAGGGAUGUUGUGAGGGUCAACAGGUGAAUGCUUGUACAGUGCUGCACAGGGGCUAAGUAUUAUUAUAAUGUUGGGUGGCAUCGUUGGGUACUUGCGUAUUUACCCAGUGAUGGGAAGGUGGGACUAGGACUUUCCUACUGUCACAUUUAAAACCUUCUCGAAUUCAGAUGGAUUUAGAAUAUCUCCCAACCUAAUGGUGUCAGACAACACAUUGUCCCCAGACGAUGCUGUCUUGCUAUCGCAGUGAGUAUAUGUGUACACUCUUAUUUGUUACACAGUUAGUCAUCAUUUCAUCUAGUCUGGUAUUUAUAGAGCUGACCUUCGGUUCUGGGACUCUUUCAGCUCAGAGUCACGGUAAAUGUCUGGAGCUUCUGGUCGGCACCAUGUCUUGAUCUCAUGAGAAAAGAAACUGUCUCAGGAGAAUUCUAACAAGCUGAUCAUUUGUCUGGUAGAAUUACACUGCCACAUGCCCUGUGCUAGCCCAGGCUUGGAAAACAAAUGGUUACUCGUUAUUUCGAACAUAUUUGCGAGUAAAUAGCCACUUAGCAUGGACGGCAGCGGGGAAAAUAUCCCAUAGCUGCAGAUUUAGUAGGAGACGUAAUUCAGCUCUGUGUGCCUGUUGCCGACUGGUGCUGAGAACGAGACGUUUUAAUUUGCUACUAUAAAACUGAUUGUUGAGUAAAGUACGCCUGGGAUUGCCAUUGUAAAAUAUCCUGUUCAUCAACAGCCAAAUUGUAGGAUUGGUGCAAAUUCAGGCUGGGGUUAGCGGAUGCAUUGCUGUUGACUUCAGUGGAGGUGUGCCUGCUUUAUUACCUGUGAGUCUGGCCUGAGGUGUUUUGCUCUGAAUACCCAUUCUGAACUUUAUUUUUUCUUGAGCUCGAUAAAAUCUUGGGGGUCAGAUUCUUUGCUGGUAUAGACAGAUUACACUUCCCUGCAGUGAGCGGCGCUACACCAGCGGAGUACCAGCAGAGAACUCGGUCCUUACAUUCCACAGAGAGCAUUUGAGUAAUUCCAUUGGCUCCAGUGAGACUAGUCAUAUGCUUAAAGCUAGACACAUGCUUAAGCAUCUUGCUGAAUUCGGCUCCUAAUUAGAUUCUUACACGAGCCAGGUAGGAGCAAGCUGUACUGGAUUUAAGCAGGGGCGGUGGAAUAAGGCUGUAAACGCAGUUCUUUUAGCAUCACCUAGAGAAUCACACACACCAACUGCAACAGAUUGCCUGCAGGAUGUACACUCUCUGCCACUUGUGGACCGGUGUAAUGAGUGCGCUCCAAACCCCUAGCGCAUGCUGACGGACUUUUGCUUUCCUUCGAAGUCAGUGUCCAGAGACUUUGCUAGAGUAGGAAUGGGAUUUAGAAACCAGCCCCAGGAAAGUUGUGUGCUGGAUGCUGAGAGCUGCAGGUCAGCCUCCCAUGGGCAAAAGCAGAAUAUUGUGACUUCUUAAGAUAGCUUCAGAAUUGUUUGCCCUCACUUUCACUAAAGAGAGAUGAAUUUCCCUGCUCAGACUUCAAUCGCCCACAUUGUUUCUUAUCCGUGUACCUAGAUUUGAUACCAGAGCAGCCAUCCGUGAUUUGUCAUUUCCUAAUGAAAGCGCUCAGUUCUCCCUUUCCAGAGCUAGCAAGCUCCCACUUGUUUCCAUUUAAAGUAUAAGAAUCCUUCCUCAUCCUUAAAGCCAUCCUCACCCCCAGCAGACUGCAAAAACUACAGUAGGUUCCACAAAGUAAGUGGACAUUGCACACUCUUCUCCUGCUUUAAACACCACUCGUCCUUUGGCCAUUGGCGUUUAUUUGCUUUCCUCUCCAUGCAAGCUCUAUUUCCGAGACACAAGCAGUGCCUGCGGUCUUGCCUUUUCUUUUGUCUUGUUGUUCUAUCUUGGGUUUUUCAGGGUCUGCCGUGCGGAGAGAAAAUACAUCAUUGUAUCCCGCUCUAGGUGACUUUACAAGACUUUGGUUUAAUCAAAUGGGUCACAGCGGUUGAGCCAUUCACUGACUGGGUCCUGGAAUAGCUAAUACAAGAGCCUUUGCUGCAUGGUCUCACGGAUCAGGAGUAAGAGUUGCUGCUCCUGGGGGACAAGUGGGUUUGUUUUUUAAAAUUUCCAUUCCUCUUUUUGAUUUGGCCUCCUAGGACACUGAAAUUGCGCAAAAAUAUGGGGCCUAUGUAGUCUUUCCACUGGUCUUGGAAUCAGGAUCAUAAAGCAGAAUUGGGAGAGUCAUUUGUCUAGCAAAAGUCACACGGUCUAUUAUUAGUGCCAUAGCAGGGUUUCCCAGCUCAUCCCAGCUGUAGCCAAUAUCCCUCUCACCUGAGCUCCCAAUGUAUGGUCUAGUCCUUCUGCCAUUAAACUCAACAGGAGUUUGCCAUUGACCAUGGACUUCAGAGGGAGCAGGCCUGAGCCCACAGUUUUUAUAUGGUCAUUUGUCCAGAAAAUAAACCUGAUGGAUAGGAUACUCUGCCUGUGAAUUACAUACAGGUCAGUCCCUAUGGGAGAGAAAGGCAGCAUGUGCUGACAAGAUUUGCCUCAAAUUACUUUUUGGACCUUGACUAAGUUAUUGGUCAGCUCAGAGGGUUUCUCCAGCUCCAAAGUGCCUCAACAGCUUUGAAUGAAAUUGAAAUGGGCACUUCCCCCACCCCGAAUUUGACAAUCAUCACCCCCAACCCCUUUAGCUAACUUGCAUUUUGCAUGAACGUGAAGAGCACUGUAAAAAUGCCACACGCUCAGCGCUCAGUCAGAUGUCAAAGCACUUAAGACCAAAGAGAAAUGGUUCAUUGUUUGGAUUCUGAAUAUCUCUUUGUCUUUCCAUGCCAUCGUUUUAUUUGCAUCACCAAUAUGUUCAAUCUCAGGAAAAUGAGGUCUUCUGAUUUUGAUUGGUUUUUAUUUACACAAAAAGGUGGGCGGCCAUUUUUUAUUUUUAUUUUUUGCCGUUUUUUCUCCUCCAUAACUCCAGGACCUUUCUAUUUAAUAAAAAAAAAAAUCAAGAGGUCUCCACUUUGUGGAGGGCAGCUAAUUUAAUUUGACAUUGCCCUUUAUGGACUUACAUCUAUCUUUAGAGAAAGCCAUAUGAAAUCAGACUGCAAUAUUAAUUAUGAAUGCUACUCUGUGUUAAAAAAAAGAGAACAGAUCAUGUGCUAAAUCACUCUGGCGUUUCUCUGUCUAUGUUUCUAGUAUUGUAUGUUAGCCUAGUUUUUCCCCAUCCCCUUCCCUUUGUCAAAGAAAGACCAUACCAGUGCUGCUGACCACAUCUUUUUGACAAGCUUACCGCACCAAUAUAACUGUUGUUUGCAAUCAACUGUUGUGACCUGAAUGUAAUGUCCUAUGUAUCUGAAAUGUGUCUGUAUCUGUUUUACUCUGUUACCAAGAUAAUGUUUUUCAUGUGCUGAGUCGGUAAAAUGUUUCAGUAACUGUCCUCUAAAAAAAAAAAAGCUUGUUU